UUGACAACCAGAAAUCUUCUGAAAUAUCCGAAAGUUAAAGAUAUUGUGACUAAGGCAGUCGCAGGUGUUGACGGUGAUGCCUAUGUGAUAGGAGAUUCUGAGAGGGCGGACGGCUCACAAUCUGAUGUGUUAUAUGUUCCGUUAAAUGAAUUACUUGGGCAUGCCCCCAUCAUUGUCGAAGUG